GGUGCUAAUGUUUUGGUGACGUCUGGAGAGGAAAACAGCCAGUGAGUGGGCUGGGCUGGAUCCCUGCUUUCGGUUAUUUUACACUCCGAAUAACGCUGCUAUGAAUAAAUGAGCCUCCAUUGUGGAUAUUUGGAUAUCCGAGAAUGAGCUAGAAGCCGUAUCUUUGCCAGCACAGGGAAACAUGGGUCUUGGCAGUUUCCACGUCCUUCUGCUGCUCCUUCUGCAGGCACUGCAGGCAUCAGCCGAGGACUCAGAUGUUCAACUGGAGUGUCUUUGUGAGGGAGCCACAUGUUCCCUGCCCGACCGAUGUCACGGCGCCCGCUGCUUCUCCUCGCUUAAAAAGGACAGCAGUGGGAUGGUGUUGGUGCGAGGCUGUUUUGAGGGGGAGGAGAAGAUCCGCAUGCAUUGCUCCACAACUCCAUCAUCCCUUCAGGUCAUCAACUGCUGCUCCCAGGUCCUGUGCAACGCAAACACCACGAGGGCGUCCCUGGAGUCACUUCUUCCAUCAGCCCCUGAGGAGAAACCUGUCCGGUAUCAGGUGGAGACGUUGGCUCUGUUUGUGCUCGCCCCGGUGGUUGUUCUCGUUCUGCUCUCUGUAGUGUCGAUUCUGGCCUGUAGGAGGCUCCACCAUGGCCGCCUCCAGAGGCUGCAAGAGUUCGACACGGAGCAGGGAGACGGUCUCAUCACCUCCAAUUUGGGAGAUGGCACUUUAGCUGACCUUUUGGAUCACUCGUGCACAUCAGGCAGUGGUUCAGGUCUUCCUUUCCUAGUCCAGAGAACAGUAGCCAGGCAGAUAAGUCUGGUGGAGUGUGUCGGUAAAGGGCGUUACGGAGAAGUCUGGCGAGGUCAGUGGCAAGGAGAAAAUGUUGCUGUGAAAAUCUUUUCCUCUAGAGACGAAAAGUCUUGGUUCAGAGAGACGGAGAUCUACAACACUGUGCUGUUGCGUCAUGACAACAUUCUGGGAUUUAUGGCGUCUGACAUGACGUCUCGAAACUCCAGCACUCAGCUGUGGCUCAUCACCGAAUACCAUGAAAACGGUUCGCUCUACGACUACCUGCAGCGAGUGGCGGUGGAGACAUCGGAGGGCCUGGCGAUGGCGGCGUCGGUAGCCAACGGCCUGGUGCACCUGCACACGGAGAUCUUUGGCACUGAGGGCAAACCGGCCAUCGCACACCGAGACCUAAAGACCAAGAACAUCCUGGUGACCAAGGAGCUGCGCUGCUGCAUUGCAGACCUUGGGCUGGCAGUGACCCACACCCAGGCUGACAACCUGCUGGAUGUGGGCAACAAUCCGAAGGUUGGCACCAAACGUUACAUGGCGCCCGAAGUGCUGGAUGAAACCAUUCAAACCGACUGCUUCGACGCUUACAAACGGGUCGACAUAUGGGCCUUUGGACUGGUGCUGUGGGAGAUAGCGAGGCGCACCUACAGCAACGGCAUCGUGGAGGAGUACAAACCCCCCUUCUACGAUCAGGUGCCAAACGACCCCAGCUUCGAGGACAUGAGGAAAGUGGUGUGCGUGGAGCAGCAGAGGCCUUUCAUCCCUAAUCGCUGGUUUUCAGACCCUACACUCUCUGCUCUGGUUAAACUGAUGAAGGAGUGUUGGUACCAGAACCCCUCAGCCAGACUCACAGCAUUACGCAUCAAGAAGACCCUUGACAAGAUCCACAGCUCCCUGGAGAAGGGCAAGGAGUCAUGAAACAGAGGCGCCUGCAUGACGUCAGAGAGCGACUUCAACAUGAGCUUGGGUUUAGUUGAAACAAGAGAAAAUCUGAAGGAUGGAUGGGAACGUUUCUGCCCUUCUCUCACCCUUCCUUAUCUGUGGUUGCCUUCCACCAACAUCCCUCCGUUUGACUUAAAGCCCAUACAGACGUUUGGAGUCGUCUCGCCUACAAAAAGCAGCUGAGGCUGCGGGACAUGAGCAAGUUGCCAUUGUUGGACUGUUACAGAGUGUGAGCGGUUGGCAUAUUAUAGCACCCAAUCACACUGCUUUCAAUGCACAUUUAUAGACGGCCAUGGGUUGGGCCCUCCUACACACCAAACACUACAUACCGAGUGAAUCCUUGCUGUUCAGUAUCUGAUCUCCAGCCAGCAUUUUUUUUUUUUGGGCAUGCGAAUGUGGCAUUCUGCUCAGAGACAAUCAGAUUGACUUCACUCAUUUAGCUUUAUUAUAACAAGCCAACAAAUAUUCAACAUCUUCACUUAUUAAAGGAAGAAGAGCCAAUAGAAUCAAACUCUUUAGUCCUUUUUAAAAAAAACAAAAGGAAAAAAAAAGAUAUUUAUGUAUUGAACCUCCACUGUUACCGCACUACUGAGGACCUAUGUAAGACUGAUGUUUGAUAUGUGCAAGUGAUUGUAAACGUAUAUUAAUGCUAUCGGACUGUAACCGUUGCUACAAAGUAGGAAUCUGUUGAUAAAAUGCAGGAAAAAGGUUUAACCUUUAUGUUGAAAACCAGGACGACACACAGGGGUUUAAAUGACCAGCUGAUUGGGAUGAAUGUGAGAUUUUAAUAGGAGGCUUUUAAUGGUUUUUCUGAAUCGCUCUGUUAUUGAUGGAAUGAUCAGACAACACACGACUUCAUAUAUUUUUAGGAACCAAAUUUAGGUGUUUGAUUUUCUUUUCUCCACACAGGCUCAAAUGUAUCCAUCCAGCAUAAGGGGGAAAAAUACUCCUGCAAGCUGCACUUUGAACACUUCAUAUUGUAUGGAUGAUUUGUUUAAAUUGUUGUUGUUUUUUUCCCUGUCAGAGAGACGGCGCGCAGGCAGAGUCCUUCUAGUUUAAUUAAGGUUGAUCUGGGCCAUUCAAAAGCAAUGCCUGAUUUAUUCAUCUAAAAAACAUUUCUUCAUAA